AUGACAACGAUGUUCGUCCAACUACGCCGUGUGGUGUACCUGUUGGUACUUCUGCACUUCUGUACGAGUUCGGUGUACGCAAACGCGCAGAUGGACGUUUUGAGUCGGCGCGAAAGGGAGGCUGUGGUAAACCAAGAGGAUGCACUGGGGCUGUUUCUGGAUGUUCCUAAUUACUCCCUGGAUGAGCUGAAGCAGGAUGACGUUUUGAAUAAAGUUGAUCAGUUGCCGCUCACAGUGCAUCAUCUGUUGUUGGCCGUCAAGGAUUCGGAGAUUCAUUAUAAAAACGGAACGGCUUGUAAGGCCGAGUGGGAAAGAGUGGUCGCAACGAAUGAGAAAACGGUGAGGGAAGCUGAGGCGGCCACCAAAGAGAUCAACGAUCUUCUCGCAAAGGUCACAAAGAUAAAGGAGGACGAGAAAGCAAAGGUAGUUGACACGAAAAAUACCCGGGCGCAGGAGUUUAAUGAGGUACUCGAGAAGAUACGAAGCGUACUGAAAAAGUAUAAGGACAAAGCACCUAAUGGAGAGACGGUAUUUGAAAUUGCCAAAGCGCACCAAGCCGAGCUUUUGUGCUCGGCCAUACGUUCCAAUGUGGACCAUGUUUUGGGGAGACUUAAGGACAAACUAAAGCUACUUGGUUAUUAUGCGGAGCAAGAGUACAACACGAGUGAGAGAGCAAUGAGGGUGAAGAAAAUAGGCGAGCUGGUGCGCGACACAUUGCAAAACGUCACACAUCUUCUUGGUAAGGUGAAAGUGCAUGAUAGAUUUGCAGUGGGCAAAGCCAGUGACCAGGUGGAUGCCUGGAAGAAGGCGUACGAGCAGCUCAAUGAUCUUGAGAAUUUGGCAGAGGAACGUGCAAUUGGUGGGGGUUCUGGAGAGGCCAUCACGAAAAAAAAUGCUCAGGUGAUUGAGGAAAUAAAAAAGGACAUCAAGAAACCAAAAGAGGAUAUUGAUAAGGUAACGCAGGAGGGGGAUGGAGAAACGAAGGCCAGAAAGAAGAAGGUGUACGGGGAGGUCAACAAAAACAUGACGGAGGCAAUUAAGGUUGCGACCAAAAGUAUGGAGGAGGAGAAGAAAAGGAUUGCACGAGAAAGGGCAAAAAGAGAGGAAGAGAGAAGAGCUGCAGAAGAUGCGGCAAGAAGGGCUGAGGAGGAGAAGAGAAGGAUUGCACGAGAGACGCAGGAAAGGAUAAGGAGAGAGGAAGAAGCAAAAAGAGCUGCAGAAGAAGCGGCUAGGAGGGUUGAGGAGGAGGUAAAGAAAAGGGCACAGGAGGAGGAGGAGGCGAAGCGAGUAGCUACUGAAGAGGCCAAGAAAGAGCUGGCGAGAAAUACCAAAAAAAAGAAAGAUAACAGUGUCCGUCCUUCUUUGAUGCACGGUCCUUUGCUGCUGCUUCUGUUGUGUGUUUUGGGUUGCACUCUCGUGUGCUAA